AUGGAUUCUUCUUCUUCCUCCUCCACCGCACAACAAGCAAUAGAAGAUUGUUUCGGAGUUCUCAAACUCUACAGCGACGGCUCCAUUUCUCGGACCUCGCAUAAAGAGCAUCAAGUGAAAACCCACGAUGAUGGUUCAGCCAUUUGGAAAGAUUGUUGUUUUGACUCUAACAACAAUCUUCAACAACGCGUAUACAAACCCAAAAAUCAUUACUAUUCUUCCUCUAACAAGAAUGAGUACCGCAAGAAUCUUCCUGUAGUUUACUACCUUCAUGCAGGAGGUUUCUGUUUUACUUCAAGAAACGCACACAACACUUGCCUUAGCCUUUGUUCUGGGCUUCAGGCCCUUAUUAUCUGCCCCUAUUAUCGGUUGGCUCCAGAGGACCGGCUUCCGGCAGCCUUAGAAGAUGCUGUUACAGCCCUCAAGUUUCUUCAAGCCCAGGCUUUGCGUGAAAGUCGAGAGGUCGAUCAUGAGAAGUGGUUGUUUGACAUUGGUGGGGUUGACGUGGACAGGGUUUUCAUAUUCGGUGAUUCCUCUGGGGGAAACAUUGCUCAUCAUUUGGCUAUUCAGCUUGGAUCUGGUUCGCUUGAGUUAAGUCCCAUUAGAGUACGUGGUUACAUACUCUUAUCGCCAUUCUUCGGAGGGGUUUUCAGGACCAAGUCGGAAGAAGAGAGUCCCAAAGAAGACUUCUGGAGCCAGGAGAUCUAUGACCAGUUUUGGAGGCUGGCAAUGCCGAAUGGAGCUGAUAGAGACCACCCGUUGGUGAACCCAUUUGGACCUAAGAGCCCGAGCCUAGAAGGUUUGAGCUUGGAUCCCUUCUUGGUGCUCGUUGGUGGGGAUGAAAUCUUAAAAGAUAGGGUGGAAGAUUACGCAAAGAGGAUGAAAAGUUUAAAUAAUAACGUUAAGUAUGUCGAGUUUAAGGGAAAACAGCAUGGCUUCUUCACAUCUUAUCCUUACUUCGGAGAGUCCCAGAAUGUGGUUCAGAUUGUCAAGAAUUUCAUGUCUGAAAGCUCCAAUUAA